AUGACCCCGGAGGAAGAGAAUCAUAUCCGAGAGCGGGAGCGGACGGCUAUUUGGGAUGCGAAAUUGGAGUUGUUGGCGACCCGGGACGCUGUCAUUGUGGAUCCUCGUAAUUGGUUUUCUCACUUUUGGUUUGACACUCAUCAUGUCGAGGCUUUUCUGAGGGCGGAUCCGAAUGAGUCUCACUAUGUCAUAGCGGCACUGUGCAAUGACCCUAAUCUCAGGGUAACUUGCAUCACCCAAAAUGUUGACAAUCUACACCGCAAGGCGGGAAUAGAUCCAGACAAACUAGUGGAGAUACAUGGACGUAUAGGAUACUACAGAUGCCUUGGUGAAGACUGUACGUAUAAAUCAUACAAAUAUCUAGAAGCUCAGGACCUCGAAUUCUUUUCAGAUCAGGAAGAGGAAGCUUAUUACUAUCAAGUAGAGCAACUACUAGAACGUGAUUACAGUCUGAAGAAAAUUAAAAACAUUUGUCAGAGAUUAUACGCCAUGGACAAACAUGUUGUCGGCAUCAAAAAGCUGCCAUGCUGUCCGGAAUGUAGAACACCCGUCAUCCCUUUGGUAUGA